CAGACGCCACUACUAUAUCCAGAAGAUGGCAGUAAUGCCAACCCCACCGAUGCUAGUCUCCACUAAACCCCAGAAGGGAAGAAGAACUUUUUUUUUUUCUUGUGUUUGCUUAAAACCACGUGACCUGUGUGUAGUCGGACUGUAAAGAUGGUUUCCUCCGUUGCCAAAUCAAAUCUGGCUCGACUGAGAAGUUUCUGUUUUUUAAAUUCAGUGUUUCGCUUUAGGAGCCUCCUAAGGUUAACAUGGCUACUUAUUACUAUUUGUUACUUGACGAGCCAGUCGCUGGCAGACGACGGGGACUUUAUGGAGGAGUUUCUGAAGCGGGAAUAUUCUCUUGUGAAGCCGUACCGCGGCUUGGGUUUCUCUAGCUCCUCACAGUGGGAUCUGAUGGGCACUGCCAUGGUGACGCCUGACCAUGUGAGGCUAACCCCAGACCUGCAGAGCAGGCAGGGAGCUGUGUGGAGCCGAAUUCCUUUGCUUCUGCAAGAUUGGGAGCUGAGAGUACAAUUUAAAAUCCAUGGCCAAGGGAAGAAGAACCUGAAUGGUGAUGGACUGGCCAUCUGGUUAACCAGAGAUCGCAUGAAAAAUGGCCCUGUAUUUGGCAACAUGAACCAUUUCUGUGGACUUGGAAUAUUUGUGGACACUUACCCCAAUGAUGAUAAGACCCAUGAUAGGACCUUCCCUUACAUAUCUGUGAUGCUGGGGAAUGGGACCCUGUCGUAUGAUCACGAUCGUGACGGCCGGUCCACAGAGCUUGGAGGAUGCACAGUUAUGGCACGCAACUCGGUCUAUGACAACUUUUUUCUCGUUAGAUACUCCAAAAAUCGACUGACGCUCAUGGUGGAUAUAGAUGGUAAGCAGGAAUGGAGAGAAUGUGCUGACAUUACAGGAGUGCGCCUACCUACAGGCUACUUCUUAGGUGCCUCCUCUGCCACGGGAGACCUGUCAGAUAACCAUGACAUCAUCUCCAUGAAGCUGUAUGAGCUUACAGUCGAGAGGACUCCACAGGAAGUGGAAGAAGGGGAAGUAGUCGCAAUCCCCAGAGUUGACAACAUGGAGCAGUUUCAAGUGGAAGUGGAGGAGGAAGGGAUGAGUGGAGUCCAGUUGUUCUUCACCAUUCUCUUCACAGUCCUGGGCCUGAUCGUGCUGGGAGUGGUAGGGCUGAUAGUUUAUGGGCGCUGGAAGGAAAACAAACGCAAACGCUUUUACUGAGGAAAGAUCAGCCAGUCUGCAGAAUGUGUUUUUAAUGAACAAACAUGCAAAGACUCAAUGACACAAAUCGAACAAACUGAACUUUAGUGGGUGUGAAGCCCAGAGCCAUGAGAACAAAUGAACACAUGAGCUGUGGUGUAAAAUAUUUAAGAUUUAUGGAAGAUAGAUGAGAUAAAGCUCUGCUUGCUGUAGUGAAGCAAAAUCAUUUUAAAAAUAUGUUCAUCUAAACUUGAAGCAUGGUGGGACUUUUUAUCUGCACUAACUGAGGCACUGUUCCUACCAGCAGGAAGUAAGAAAAACAACAGAAUGAGUUAAUAAAUCAGAUGCUGAAUUUGCUGACAUUAUGUUACACAGUUUGGGGUAUCUCUGCGGACCUGAGCCAGCGCAGAGUGGGUAGAUGUCAUGGUAGCCAAGUUGGGCGCUUCUUUCAUUGUCAUUUAAAUUAUUUGUUGGCAAUUCACUAACUUUACUAAUAAUCCUGUGUUUAUCUUAUUUUCUAAAUACGUGACCCUUAAAAUGCUUAUUUGUACAUAAACAUUUUCCUUAUGACUCUUCAUGAUAUCUAUGACUUACCUGCAACUUUCACAUAUCAAAUCAGAUGGGAGUGGGGCAUGUUUGUUAGCUCGCCCACUAUAGAAAUGCUGUUUUGUAAGUAGCUAGCAGAGUGGCAUAGAUAUGUCUCAGAUGAUUAAUCAGACUUUUAAAUUCUGAAUGACAAUGUUAGCUUCUAUUAAUCUUUUAAAAAGUUAGCUUAAAAUGAUUCGUCAUAGAUCAAGCAGACCUCUACAGAGGACCUGUUGGCAAGUGGUUGCUGCUGUUACUGGGUGAAAUCAUCACAAAGAAGUUGCACCAAAAACCACCUUUUGAUCACUGUGGUUGGAGUAUGCUAACAUUCAUCAUUACUCUCUGACCUGUAGUGAAACUUUAGGAAGAAAAAGAUGCAACACAAAUCAAAGUAAAAGUUGUGCCGUUUGAAAUGUUUUGGUUGCAAGAGCAAGCCACAAUUUUUACUUUGAAGGCAAACGUUUCUAGUUUGUGUUGACCAUUCAGGUUCACUUCUGCCUGACAAGUACUUUGUGUUUGUAGGCAAUUUGGCAUCCAGGCACAAGCUGCUGGUGACCUGCUAGCAACCAAAGUCUUUUUAUGUAGCAUCAUUAUACCAACUUCACACUAGCAACCGCGAGCAACCUCGAGCCAUCACUUGCCAACCAGUCAUGGAACACACACUUUUUGGUGGAGACUGGUGGUUACUCAUCCCUCAGUCGAUUUCACAGUGACUGCCAACAACUGCUCACAAGCAGUUGGAAAGUACACAAUUAAGUGCCAUAUGGCCACUUAAAGGUGUUUUGUUUGUCUUUUUGUGUGGCUACCACAAAGGCCAUUGUGAGUUUACUGAUCCCUGGGCCAGCAGGGACUACUUGUUGUGAGAUCAACUUUAUGCCCAAAAACACCCCCUAAUCAGGGCCUCAUUCCCAAUUGGUGAUGUUUUAAGUAGUCAUAAAUUAUCAGUUGCGUAACUAAUGUAACAUACAGCAACAGCUAGCUUAAAUGUAUACCUGAAUUACAAUAGUUAGAGCUAUGUAGCAUUAUUCAGAUGCACUUGAUUUGUGUGACGAUUCCCAAAAGAUAAACAGCUGAAUUUAUAUUUCCAACAGGUUUCACAGUAGACUAUCAAAAUAUCCUUUUUAUACAUUAUAUUAUAGAAGUAGGGUUAGGGUGCCCUAAGCCUCGUCUCAUAUAAACAUUCAGUGAGGUCUGAUUGUUUUUAAUAUUUGAAGAACUUCUAUCUCCGUAGACUGUUAUGCAUUAUAAGACCUGGCUAAGACCAAAACAAUACAGUGGCUGCACUGAGAGCAACAACUUUUGUGGCAUCCCCAUCAAUGAAUGUGUGGGAGAGUAGUUCAUCUUUGACUGUUGUUCUUUGUUCUCUUCAGCCAAAAAUACACGACAAUUACGGCUGAUGGUAACGAUUUAAUUUCAGAGUAGAUUUAUUGAACAGACAGGUGCAGAACUUUCUUGCCUGGUUGAUUCUACAGUUCAUGCUACUGCACCCACUUUAAAUCCCUCAUGCACAUGUCUCUGUGAUGUGCAAGAGAGCACCACUCUAAUUUGACUUUUAGCUGCUGUGAGACCAGUGAGCCUGUGAAUCUUUUUAUACUUUUUGCUGCACUGAAGAAAAAAAACUGGACUGUCCUUUUAUUUGAGAUAACUUUAUACAGCAAUCCAGCAUUCAUUCAACAAGUGAAAAUAUUUAUAUAGAUAUUGCUGAUACAUGAGCUCAAUGCUAUGCGUAAAAGAAUAGAGUGGCGUUAUCAGUGCUGAAUAAAGUGCCUCACACAGACCGUCACAGGCAAACUCUCACUUUGAUCCUCUAUGCAGGUUUGAGCUCAACAUUUAUUUUCUGUUUGACGUCACUUCCAUGGCUUCAUCUACACUCUAACGUUACAAACAGGUCUCAGAAAUGAUAAGCUGAUUUAAGACUUUAUCUGAGAACAGUUUGUCAGUGUCACUCUUUGUGGAGCACUGAUGUUUUUAGUUCUUCCACCAACCCGUAAAUUUGUAGCAUUUGAUGUUUUGCUCUGUACACACUGUUACAUUAACAGCCAUAUGCUGGACCAUUUAGUCAUGUGACUUUGAUUAAACUGAUGACUCAAACCAAGAGGAAGAAAAAAAAAAAAUGAUGUCAAGCUUUAUUGUGUCUAUGAAGAAACCUCGAGUGCUCAGUAAAACCGCAAAUAUCAUGAAACUCUCCAGCAUGGACAUAGAGCUCACACCUCACUGGUUAAAGUAGCACUGAUGUGCCAUUCAUUCGAUAACCAUGCACUGACAACAACUAUUAGAGACAACUCAGUGAGCAAAGUGAUGCAAUCGUUUCAAAAUUAAAAAUAAUAGAUUUCACAGUAUUAUCAUUAUUGUGGUAAAUGUGAAUAGUCAGUAUAUAAAGACAACCAGCCAGUGUAUCAAUAUUGGGGGCACAGCAAAACACAACAAAAAUGUUAAUUGUGAUAUUAAAAAAGCACACUGUCAGUAUCACAUGAUAUCAUCAAUAAUUGUGAGCCUGACAGAUUUUAACAAGCUGAUAAUACUCGGGAGUAGCACAAAUAUGUAAGUGAAAUAACUACACAAAACCAAGAUUAGGGAAAUCUCAUUGUGUUUUGUGCCUGGGGAAAAAAACCGUAUACAUAUCAGCCUAUAUAUUGGGGUAUCAGAUUUUGUUAUCAAUAUUGAUAUUGGUAAUAAAAGUCCUAAAAAUUGGUUGUCUCUGACCACUUCUAUGCACUUGUAAUUUUACUUUUUUGUGCUUUGUCUCGUCUCGUUUUUGAUAAAGUUAUAGAAAAAUGCCAUUCAUAUUGACAUUGCAGAUUAAAACUUUAUAAUAGAUAUCACAAGAUUAUUAAUGGUUAAAAUCUGUUAAAGUAUAUCAGGAAAAUCAGUAGAUAUAUCAAUAUUUGGGGUCAGGACAGCAUCAGUGAAUGGAUGAUAAUUGGGAUAUUUAAAAACAAGAUCUUAAUAUUUUAUGAGCAAUAACAUUUGUUUAAAAAAAAUUGUAAUUCAUGUCUUUGUUUGCUGUUGUGUAGUUAUGGGUUCUCACCACUUCCAUGUACUUGUAAUUUGAGUUUAAUAGCCUCACUUUUAAUAGCUAACAGUUUAAUAGCUUACCAAAAAUACAGCACGCACUAGAUAAAGCUAUAGAAGAAUUUUGCUACCAGCAUUGAUGCAGGGUUUUUUUUUCAAUUUUCUAUUUUUUUUCUUUUAUUUGAUUAGAUUUUUUUUUAUGCAGCAAUAAUAGUACAAAUAAAAAUCUGAUAUAAUGACAGCCUUAAUUCAUUUCAUCCAUUCAAUAACAGACUAAUCAUUCAGGAAGACA